AUGUGGCUUAUCAACACCAGCACGCUAGAGCUCGAGUACUUCGCCUGCCCGCCUGACCGGUACGCGAUCUUGUCCCACACGUGGAUGAGCGACCAAGAGUUGUCGUUACAGGAGUUUCGCGAACUCCAAUGCGCGCAUCCGGACGAGCGCGCUGCGGAGCUACGCGCUAAGAGCGGCUAUGCCAAGAUCCUGCGAUGUUGCAGCCUCGCCAAGGACGAGGGCCUCUCGCACGCAUGGGUCGACACGUGCUGCAUCGACAAGACCAGCAGCGCGGAGCUGUCGGAGAGCAUCAACUCCAUGUUCGCCUGGUACAAGGGCUCGACCGUCUGCUACGCCUAUCUGGAAGACGUCGACUCGUCCACGAGCACACGCAAGCCCGACGGCUCAGCGAGCCGAUGGUAUUCCCGUGGAUGGACGCUGCAGGAGCUUGUGGCGCCACUCCGCCUCGACUUCUACAAUGCGUCGUGGCGCAAAAUCGGUUCCAAGAUGAGCCUCCGCGGGGAGAUCUCGGACGUGACGGGCAUCGGCGAGCUUGACCUCAUCUUUUUCGACCCGGAACGCACAAGCGUGGCCCAGAAGAUGUCAUGGGCGGCGACGCGGAAGACAACGCGGGAGGAGGACAAGGCGUACUGUCUGCUGGGCAUCUUCGGCAUCCACAUGCCGCUGCUCUACGGCGAGGGGAGGAACGCCUUUCGGCGCUUACAGGAAGAGAUCAUCAAGGUCUCGGCCGACCAGACCAUCUUUGCCUGGACCCACCCAGAAUGGGACGACUCCCUGCCAUGGGGCGUCCUCGCCAGUUCGCCGGCGAGUUUCCAGUACUGCGGACAGCUC